AUGGAAAUCACACCUAGUGAUGCUGGUUCAUAUGACAGGCUCGUAAUCCAGGACAUAUUAAAGGAAAUUGCACAGACGCAGCAGGUGGACCAAAAUGCUGCUCGUCGAUUCAAAAUGGUAGUCAUCAAUGAAGCAGACUCGCUUUCGCGCGACGCACAAGCGGCGCUACGUCGGACAAUGGAAAAAUACAUGCGAAACAUGCGCAUGAUUCUAUGUGCAAACAGUACUUCUCGUAUUAUCGCUCCAAUUCGUUCUCGUUGCUUGCUCUUGCGGGUUGGUGCACCAAGUGACGAGGACAUGUCACGGGUCCUUCGUCAUGUAGCGAAGCGUGAAAAGUUUCAGCUCCCUGAUCGGAUAUCGAGUGAAAUUAACUCAUGCCAUCGUAUCAGACCUGACUUCUCUGGACCCGUUUCAAUUGCCCAGCCUGACUGGCAAAUGUAUUGUGAACGCACUGCCGAUAUGAUCGUGAGCGAGCAGACACCUGCCCGGCUCCUGGCAGUACGUGGUCGGCUGUAUGAACUCCUUGUCCAUGCAAUACCGGCCGCCUUGAUAUUCAAGACUCUCACACACUACCUCGUUAAACGAGUUGAUGAGACGCUUCGUGCAAGCUUGGUUGAAAAAGCAGCAUUUUAUGAACUGCGCAGUGCAACUGGAAACAAACCUAUUUUUCACUUGGAAGCGUUCGUGGCCCAAGUCAUGUUUCUUCAAAAGUCACUGUUGCUGGGGUUGGAUAUGCAAGACUAG